AUGGCAGAACCGUUAUCCCCAGCAAACAUGGCGUCCGCGAACCGGGUCCGAGCUCUGGCGGUGAUUUUCUUCACGGUCACCGGCUGCUGGGUGACAGCGAGCAGCUCGGAGGAGACGGUGAUCAUCGGGCUCCGGCUGGAGGACACCGACGACAUUUCCUUCAUGGACAAGGGCUUCCUGCGGGUCAGCGAGCGGUCCCGGGUCAAGCUGCGGGUCUACGGGCAGAACAUCAACAACGAGACCUGGUCCAAGAUCGCCUUCACGGAGCACGAGCGGAGCCGGCCGGUGGACAGCUCCUCGGGGGACAACCAGAGCCAGGAGGACUCGCACCCGUGCGGGAUCAGGACGUCAGACAUCAUCAUCCUGCCCAACAUCGUCGUGAACCGAAAGACGUCCGGGAUCGUGGAGCUCGAGGUCAAACCGCUGCGGAAGACCGAGCGCAGCAAAGCCUACUACCUGUGCGUUGCCACGCCCACCCCGGCCGCCGCGGGGCUCCACGACCCGUGGACGGAGAACACCUGGAUCUACCACGACGGGGACGACACCAAAGUGAUCGUGGUGGAGGAGAAGAAGUUCCUGCUGCCCUUCUGGCUGCAGGUCAUCUUCAUCUCCAUGCUGCUGUGCCUGUCCGGCAUGUUCAGCGGCUUGAACCUGGGCCUGAUGGCUCUGGACCCCAUGGAGCUCCAGAUCGUGCAGAACUGCGGCACGGAACGCGAGAAGAACUACGCCAAGAAGAUCGAGCCGGUGCGCAGUCAGGGGAACUACCUGCUGUGCUCGCUGCUGCUCGGGAACGUGCUGGUCAACACCACGCUCACCAUCCUGCUGGACGACAUCGCCGGUUCGGGGCUGAUCGCCGUGGUCAUGUCCACCAUCGGCAUCGUCAUCUUCGGGGAGAUCGUGCCACAGGCCAUCUGCUCCCGGCACGGGCUGGCCGUGGGCGCCAACACCAUCUUCCUCACCAAGUUCUUCAUGCUGCUCACCUUCCCGGCGUCCUACCCGGUCAGCAAGCUUCUGGACUACCUGCUGGGCCAGGAGAUCGGAACCGUGUACAACCGGGAGAAGCUGCUGGAGAUGCUGCGGGUCACCGACCCGUACAACGACCUGGUGAAGGAGGAGCUGAACAUCAUCCAGGGCGCGCUGGAGCUCCGGACCAAGACGGUGGAGGACGUGAUGACGCCGCUCAGGGACUGCUUCAUGAUCCCCGCGGAUGCCACCUUGGACUUCAACACCAUGUCUGAGAUCAUGAAGAGCGGCUACACGCGCAUCCCGGUCUUCGAGGGCGAGAGGUCCAACAUCGUGGACCUGCUCUUCGUCAAGGACCUGGCCUUCGUGGACCCGGACGACUGCGCGCCGCUCAAAACCAUCACCAGGUUCUACAGCCACCCGCUGCACUUCGUCUUCAACGACACCAAGCUGGACGCCAUGCUGGAGGAGUUCAAGAAAGGUAAGUCCCACCUGGCCAUAGUCCAGAGGGUGAACAAUGAGGGUGAGGGAGACCCAUUCUAUGAGGUUCUGGGUAUCGUCACCCUGGAGGAUGUGAUUGAAGAAAUCAUCAAGUCUGAGAUCCUGGAUGAGACCGACUUGUACACCGACAACAAGACAAAGAAGAAAAUCACCCAUCGGGAGAGGAAGCAGGAUUUCUCGGCCUUCAAACCGACCGACAAUGAAAUGAAGGUUAAAAUAUCACCUCAGCUUCUGCUGGCUACCCUGCGUUUCCUAGCAACAGAGGUGGAACCGUUCGCACCCGUGCAGAUGUCGGAGAAAAUUCUGCUGCGCUUGUUGAAGCAUCCCAACGUCAUCCAGGAGCUGAAAUACGACGAGAAGAACAAGCGGGCGGCGGAGCACUUCCUGUUCCACAGGAACAAGCCUGUGGACUAUUUCAUCCUCAUCCUGCAGGGAAAAGUGGAGGUGGAGGCGGGAAAGGAGGGGAUGAAGUUUGAGGCCGGACCAUUCUCCUUCUACGGGAUGAUGGCUCUGACCACCUCACCAGUCUCCCUGUCCUUGUCCCGCACAUUUGUGGUCAGUAGGACUGAAUCAUUAGCGAGAUCUCCAGAGAACAAAUCGCCGCCGCGGCCGUUUGGCGUCAACCACUCAGACUCUGUGAACAGGACGGAGCGUCUGGACGCCAUCACACCGACGCUCGGCAGCAGCAACAACCAGCUCAACUCCUUCCUGCAGAUCUACGUCCCAGACUACUCGGUCCGCGCGCGCUCAGACCUGCAGUACAUCAAGGUAACGCGCCAACAGUACCAGAAUGCUGUCAUGGCAUCACGCAUGGACAAAACGCCGCAGUCGACAGACAGCGAGUUCACCAAAACUGAGCUCACGUUGACGGAACUUCAUGACGGGGUGGACACGCCCCCUGUUGUCAUCGCCACCGCGGGCACCACGAGCACCACCUCAGCCGUGGCUGUCGCCAACGAGACGUCCCACCUGCUCAACCAGCAGCAGAACUGUGUGGGCCUCAGCAGGACCAAUCACAGCGACGGGCCCGUCUAGCCCCCGCGGGACUGGAACCUAUCACGGCGAGGCGGUGCCAGGGAUCCGCUCCAGCCAGAAGCCCCCGGUCACGGCAGGGCAGUGGGUGAGAGACGGGUGUGGCAUCACCCAAAACCCCCACCUGGACACUGUCAGGAUCCCUGCUGUACGACGCCCUCCUCUAGAGGGCGCUCGCCGAGUAGCUCCGUUUGUAGGACAAUCUGACUUCUCAUCGCGGUGACUUGGACUCGAGGACACGUGCACGCAAACCGCGUCUCUGCACACAAAUUACAAGCCUGCCCAGGCCAAAGACUUUGGUCCCGCCUUCUUACACUGGACGCACACAUACACACACACACACACACACACACGAUUCAGGGAAGCGAUGUGAUCAAACCCAAACGGGCAGAGGCGACGGCUGCAUGCAGACUGAACCAAAAACCGC